AUGUCUUCCACCGCGGUUCCCCAACACCUAAACGCCGUGAAGCGGACGGUUACAUCCACCGGGAACGAAUCCUCGCCCUCCACUGCUGCAGGAUCCCCCAAUGACACCCCCAGACAAUCACCAUCUUCGACCUCGCUGUCGUCAAUGUCGUCCCUGGGAGAUGUGAAGGACCAGGGCUACGGAACCCUCCUCGAUACAUACGGCAACAAGUUCGAGCUCCCAGACUACACGGUCAAUGAUAUUCGUAACGCGAUUCCCAAGCACUGCUACGAGAGGUCUGGACUGAGAGGAUUGGGCUAUGUUGCUCGGGAUAUUGCCAGUUUGGCCACCACCUUCUACCUGUUCAACAGAUUCGUCACCGCCGAGAACAUUCCCAGCACUCCAAUCCGCGCUGCGCUCUGGUUCGUCUACACUGUUGCCCAAGGUUUCUUCGCCACUGGCCUCUGGGUUCUGGCACACGAAUGUGGCCACCAAUCCUUCUCCACCUCCAAGAUCCUCAACGACACGACCGGAUGGAUCUGCCACUCGGCCCUGCUCGUUCCUUACUUCUCGUGGAAGAUCUCCCAUGGCAAGCACCACAAGGCUACUGGCCAUCUGGAGCGUGAUAUGGUAUUCGUCCCCAAGACUCGAGAGGUUUACGCCAGCCGUGUUGGAAAGCUUGUCCACGAGCUUGACGAGUUGACCGAGGAGACUCCGAUGGCUACGCUCAUCCACUCCAUCGGACAACAACUUGUCGGAUGGCCCUUGUACCUCAUCGCCAACGUGACUGGCCACAACAACCACGAGAAGCAACACGAGGGCCGUGGGAAGGGCAAGGUCAACGGAUACACUACGGGUGUCAACCACUUCAACCCAGCUAGUCCUUUGUACGAAGCCAAGGAUGCUAAGCUUAUUCUGCUGAGUGACCUUGGAAUUGCCAUUGCCAUUGGCGUUCUCGUCUUGCUCUCCAAGACCUAUGGCUUCUCCAACAUGGCUGUCUGGUACUUCGCCCCCUACCUCUGGGUGAACCACUGGCUCGUUGCCAUCACCUUCCUCCAGCACACCGACCCAAGUCUUCCCCACUACACAGGCGAGAGCUGGAACUACGUCCGUGGUGCUGCCGCAACCAUUGACCGCGAAUUUGGUUUCAUUGGCCGCACGCUCCUCCACGGCAUCAUUGAGACCCACGUCCUGCAUCACUACGUCAGCACCAUCCCGUUCUACCACGCCGACGAGGCCACCGAAGCCAUCAAGUCCGUCAUGGGGAAGCACUACCGUGCCGACGUCCGCGGCGGCUCCCUUGGAUUCUUGAAGUCGUUGUGGAGUUCUGCCCGAUGGUGCCAGUGGGUCGAACCAUCUGAGGGCGCUGUCGGAGAAGGCAAGGGAGUGUUCUUCUUCCGCAACCGGAACGGGCUUGGCACGGCACCCCUGAAGUUGAAACCCGCCAACUAG